GAGACCAAAUUAGUUUACUCACCAGGAGGUCGGAGGAGUAGAGAUCUCUCUUUAAGUCAAACCCUAGACCAGUUUCUACAUCAAUAAAGAAGGAUUGAUGCAGAGCUCUGCUCUUUUGAAACACUUUUGGGAGACCAAAGACUUGAGACCUACGCUGCUGUUUUUUAUCCUUAAAUCUGAGAAUCCUGUUCAGCUCUCCUGAUGGAGAGGUUCAAGUCCAACGGAGGGGAGCACGUUAACCCCGCUUAUGAUUCCAACCUGGACGAGCCGCCUGUCUACCAGGAGGCCAACUUCUCCAACGGGGAACAGCGGACGGUGCGGCCCUCGGUGGUCAGUGCCUUCGGGCAUGACACUUUGGACCGACUGCCCAACAUUGACUUCUAUCGCAACGCAGGCAGCGUGAGUGGUCACCGUGCCGUGCGACCGUCCCUGCAGGAGCUCCAUGAUGUGUUUCAGAAGAAUGGAGCAAUCUCUGUGCCAGAUACUGUGGAGGACGAUGGCGAGGGGAGCGACGGGACUCCCUCUGACGACCUGGAGUCUGCCGUCCCCACUAAGAGCAACAAAGGACCCGUAAAGUUCGGCUGGAUAAGAGGCGUCCUGGUGAGAUGCAUGCUCAACAUCUGGGGUGUCAUGUUGUUUAUCCGUCUGUCCUGGGUGUUUGGUCAGGCCGGCUGGGGUCUGGGCAUCGUGGUCAUUGCUCUCAGCUGUGUGGUCACCACCAUCACUGGCCUUUCUAUGUCUGCCAUUUGUACAAAUGGCGUAGUCAGAGGAGGAGGAGCCUACUAUUUGAUCUCUCGCAGUUUGGGACCUGAGUUUGGAGGGUCGAUCGGCCUCAUUUUCGCCUUUGCCAACGCGGUGGCUGUUGCCAUGUACGUGGUGGGGUUUGCUGAGACCGUGGUGGACUUGCUCAAGGAGAACGCCGCCAUCAUGGUGGAUGAAAUAAACGACAUCAGAAUCGUCGGCUGUAUUACUGUGGUGCUGCUCUUGGCCAUAUCAGUUGCUGGAAUGGAAUGGGAGGCCAAGGCACAAAUCGUCCUACUCAUUAUCUUGCUGGUGGCCAUAGUCAACGUAUUCGUGGGAACUUUCAUUCCUGCAACCACUGAAAAGAAAUCCAAAGGCUUCUUCAAUUAUAACUCGAAAAUCUUCUUGGAGAAUUUUACUCCGGCGUUUAGUGUCGGCGAGUCCUUUUUUUCGGUGUUUUCCAUCUUUUUCCCUGCGGCAACAGGGAUCUUGGCUGGAGCCAACAUCUCCGGCGACUUGCGGGAUCCCCAAGCAGCCAUACCUAAGGGAACCUUGCUGGCCAUCCUGAUCACUGGUGUCACCUACUUGGCUGUGGCUCUGUGUGUCUCUGGCACCGUUGUCCGUGAUGCCACAGGAAACAUAACUGACCUGGUUAUGCCCGGUGAAGCUUGUAAUGGUUCGGCAGUAGCAGCUUGUGAGCUGGGCUUUAAUUUCUCUUCCUGCGCUGUUGAAACAUGCUCAUUUGGCUCAAUGAACAACUUCCAGGUCAUGACCAUGGUGUCCGGGUUCGGUCCCCUCGUCACUGCGGGAACUUUCUCAGCUACACUUUCUUCAGCCCUGGCUUCCCUCGUCAGUGCUCCCAAAGUCUUCCAGGCUCUGUGUAAAGACAACAUCUACACGGCACUGCACUUCUUUGCCAAGGGAUAUGGCAAGAACAACGAGCCAAUCCGUGGCUAUAUCCUCACAUUCAUUAUCUCUGUGGCCUUCAUUCUCGUUGGUAAUCUCAAUACGAUUGCUCCGAUCAUUUCAAACUUCUUCCUGGCAUCUUACGCCCUCAUCAAUUUCUCCUGCUUCCACGCGUCCUACGCCAAGUCCCCAGGUUGGAGACCCGGAUACAAAUACUACAACAUGUGGCUUUCCCUGAUGGGCGCAUUGCUCUGCUGUGUUGUUAUGUUCGUCAUCAACUGGUGGGCUGCUCUCCUCACGUACGCCAUUGAAAUCCUCCUCUACAUUUACGUGACAGUCAAGAAGCCAGAUGUGAACUGGGGCUCGUCCACGCAGGCGGUGACAUUUGUGAGUGCAGUCAGCAACGCUCUGUCUCUUUCUGGUGUCGAGGAUCAUGUCAAGAACUUCAGGCCUCAGAUCUUGUCACUGACCGGUUCAGCCCGGGCCAGACCAGCUCUCUUAGACCUGGCUCACUCUUUGUCAAAGAACUAUGGACUCUGUCUCACCUGUGAAGUGUUUGUGGGUCCAAGAUCUGAGGCUCUCCCGGAGAUGAACGGUGGCAUGGAGAAGAACCAGCUCUGGCUUAGGAAGACUAAACGCAAGGCAUUUUACGCCGCCGUGGCCUGUGAGGACUUCAGGGAAGGUGCUGAGACUCUUCUGCAGGCCUCUGGUCUUGGCCGCAUGAAGCCCAACACAUUGAUGAUGGGCUUCAAGAGGAACUGGAGGACUGCAGGUGCAGAGUCAGUGCAGACUUAUGUGGGAAUACUGCAUGACGCCUUUGACUUUGAGUACGGGACACUGGUGCUGAGGAUGAACCAGGGACUUGAUGUUUCUCACAUUGUCGAAGCUGAAGAGGAUAUGCUAAAGGCAGCAAAGGAGCAAGAGGAACUGGAAACCGAAAUGAUGCCAAAUGGAGGGAAAUCAAAGGGACUCUUUAGGAAGUCCAGGAAGUCCUCUCAGCAAGUGCUCACAACCAGAGUGUCAGUGUGUGGCCCUCCACCCCCGCAGGUUGCCAAGAUGAAUGAGAAGCUGUUGGAGGCCAGCGCUCAAUUCACGAAGAAACAGCCUAAAGGCACGAUUGAUGUGUGGUGGCUGUUUGACGAUGGAGGUCUCACCCUGCUGCUCCCCUACAUCCUCACCACCAGGAAGAAGUGGAAAGACUGUAAAUUAAGGAUCUUCAUCGCAGGGCAGCCUGAGCGCAGUGAGCUGGAUAAACAGGAGAUGAAGUCUCUGUUGCAGAAAUUCAGGAUUAACUGCAAUGACAUCAAAGUUAUUGACGACAUCCACGUCAAACCCAGAGAUGACAGCUUGAAGGAGUUAGAGGAGAUGAUCGAGCCUUUCCGUCUGCGUGAGGGGUCUAAAGACAAAGCUCAGGCUGAAGCCAUGCAGAGAGAGCAGCCCUGGAAGAUCACCGACGAAGAACUGAACAGCUUUGAGGAGAAGACCAACCUCCAGGUACGACUGAAUGAGGUGCUUCAGGAAAACUCCAAAUCAGCCAAUCUGAUCAUUGUGAGCAUGCCCAUCGCUCGUAAGGAAUCAGUCUCUGACUUCCUCUACAUGGCCUGGCUGGACAUUCUCACGAAGGACCUUCCGCCAACACUGCUCAUCAGAGGGAACCACAAGAGCGUGCUCACUUUCUACUCCUGAGCACCUCGGGGACUAAAUGGCAGCGUACUAGGUAGCUGGCGAGAGAAAAAGAAAAAGAAAUGGCGGUACCAUAAUGAUGAACCAUGUUCAUGGAGCGUACAAGAACCUGGAUCAUGUUAUUCAGUCGUCCACAACAACAGCAGAGUAUAACACAAUCCAGCAUUUUUAAGUUAAUUCCUGGUCAGGGCCUCAGCGCUCCAAUUCUCAUUUGAGCAAAAGAGCAAUAGAACAAUGAAGUGUUUGACCUUGCAAACACAUUAAGUGCUAAGCCACGAAUAGAAGAUAGAAGAACAGAAAAGUGUUGAGCAGGUUUGCUCGACAAUGAUGUCAUUGAAACUCAUAUUCAGUCACAGCUUGGGCCUUAUUUUUUAACUAUUAACCCGAUUUAUAGCUUGGUCUGGUGUGAGCUCAGGAAGGCUUGGGGCAAGUUGUGCAACAAGCUAAACGUUUUAGCAAUAUACUUAAUGUGUACGACUAAAUGUGAAUUUAGGAGCACAGGCAACAAGUACACACACACACACACACACACACCCACACACACGGUCUGAUCCUUCCAAUGAACAAAAACAGGGACAGGGGUGAAGAUACCAGGUUACCUCCAGUGGUUACGCUGAGGGGAUGUGUUGCCUGCUGCUGUAACUGUAAAAUAAAUGUAUAUAGUAGAUGUCUGAAUUCACUAGUGGAUAUUUUGGCGCAUAAAAAAACCCUUUUAUAAAUGAUUCAUUUUGGUUUCAUUGCUUUCUGUUCUUUUAAACUGUGGCAAUAAUGGUUUGAUCAUCAUUCUUGAUAUUGUAAAAUACACUGCCAUCAUAAAGCUUUUUACCUGUUCGAAAUUACACAGUUUCAAUAUUUUAAUGUUACUAUCACAGCACACUUUUUGUUUGAGGAAGAUUUAGUAAAACCAAAGAUUGUAAACCCAAUUUUUCUGUACAUUUUUAGCCUGUUGCCUGCUUUCCUAUUUAAAUACAUAAUUGUGAAUCUCCUAAUGAAAGAACUAAUAAAGAUUUACGCUGUU